CACCCAAACUACCCGGCAUGCCCAUUGCUGUUCUCUGACCGGCUCCGGCUCGCACUAGGAAACAUGGCGGCCGUCAGUAAAUAUCUGACUGCGAGGAACUCCUCUAUAGCCGGCGGUGUGCUUCUAGUUUUGUACCUCAUCAAACAAAGGAAAAGGGCAAAGAAACUGAACGGAAAAAAAGGGGGUGCAGAACUAGUACUGAGCAAUGAGCAGAAAGAGGCCAAAAAAGACCGGGCUGCUGUGGACAAGCUGUUCUUCCUACGCAUCUGCCGCCUCCUCGGGAUCAUGGUGCCUCGAUUUUUCUGCAAAGAGACCGGAUAUUUGAUACUAAUUGCAGCAAUGCUGGUGGCACGAACCUAUUUUGACGUGUGGAUGAUCGAGAACGGCACCUUGAUUGAAAGUGGAAUCAUAAGCAGAGAUAUCAAUCUAUUCAAGAAGCACUUUUAUUCCUACGUGGCUGUCAUACCAGGGAUUGCGUUAGUGAAUAACUUUUUGAAGCUGGGCCUGAAUGAGCUGAAGCUGUGCUUCCGUGUGCGCCUGACCAAGCAUCUCUACGAUGAGUACCUGAAAGGGUACACUUACUAUAAAAUGGGCAAUCUGGACAACCGCAUCGCAAAUGCUGACCAGCUUUUGACUCAGGAUGUUGAGAAAUUCUGCAACAGUGUGGUGGAGCUCUACUCCAAUCUGAGCAAGCCCCUCCUGGACAUCGGCUUGUACAUCUUCAAGCUCACAAGUGCCAUUGGAGCACAGGGCCCAGCAAGCAUGUUGGCGUACCUGUUGGUGUCAGGUCUAUUCCUGACGAGGCUGAGACGGCCCAUUGGCAGGAUGACCAUGACGGAGCAGCGUUUUGAGGGCGAGUACCGCUACGUCAACUCACGCCUGAUCACCAACAGUGAGGAGAUUGCGUUUUACAAUGGAAAUAUUAGGGAGAAAGCGACUAUCUACUCAACCUUCCAGAAACUGGUCAAUCAUUUGCACAAUUUCAUUUUCUUCCGUUUCUCGAUGGGCUUUGUGGAUAGCAUCAUUGCCAAAUACUUUGCCACGGUGGUGGGCUACCUAGUGGUAAGCCGGCCCUUCCUGACCCUGUCCCACCCACGCCACCUAAACAGCACCCACUCCGAGCUGCUGGAGGACUACUACCAGAGCGGGCGUAUGCUGCUGCGCAUGUCCCAGGCUCUGGGCAGGAUUGUGUUGGCAGGUCGUGAGAUGUCCAGACUCUCGGGGUUCACCGCCCGCAUCACAGAACUCAUUAAGGUUUUGAAAGACCUGAACUCUGGGCGGUACGAACGCACAAUGGUGAGCCAUGUGGAGAAAGACACAGAAGCCAUGGAAAAGCCUAAACUCAUUCCUGGAAGUGGCCGAAUCAUCAACAUCGACAACAUCAUCAAGUUUGAUCAUACUCCUUUAGUGACACCUAAUGGAGAUAUGCUCAUCAAGGACCUGAACUUUGAGGUUCAGUCAGGCACCAAUGUUUUGGUGUGCGGGCCCAACGGCUGUGGAAAAAGCUCCCUGUUUCGUGUCUUGGGAGAGCUGUGGCCUCUGUUUGGUGGCAGCUUGACCAAACCGGAGAGGGGGAAGCUGUUCUAUGUCCCACAGAGGCCAUACAUGACGCUGGGCACCCUCAGGGACCAGGUGAUCUACCCCGACACCCACGAGGACCAGAGGAGGAAAGGGAUCUCUGAUCAGGUGCUGAAGGAGUACCUGGACAAUGUCCAGCUGGGCCACAUCCUGGACAGGGAGGGCUCCUGGGACAUGGUGCAGGACUGGAUGGACGUUCUGAGCGGGGGAGAGAAGCAGAGGAUGGCGAUGGCCAGGUUGUUUUACCAUAAGCCUCAGUUUGCCAUUCUUGAUGAGUGUACCAGUGCAGUGAGCGUUGAUGUGGAGGACUUUAUCUACAGCCACUGUAGAACAGUGGGCAUCAGUUUGUUCACCGUGUCUCACAGGAAGUCCCUCUGGAAGCACCAUGAGUACUACCUUCACAUGGAUGGCAGGGGCAGCUACGAGUUCAAACCCAUCACUACGGACACCAUCGAGUUUGGUUCCUAAGGAGAUGCUCCUCACCCUCACCCUUAUUCAAGCUCACAUAGAGGAGAGACCCAGUAACUCCCCCAACACAAAAACAGUGUCAUACACUACAUCUAAACAAUUCUGUUUGUAAUUUUGUUUGUCCCUUUUGAUUAAGCUGUAUUUAUAGAUCCGUUAUAGUCUAAUUAUUGAAGCCUAUUAUUUUUGUCUCUGAUUGUAAUUAAUUUGUAAUAUAUCGUAGUCAGGUCCACUGAUCUGGACUGCCACUCUGUUGUAAAAGACAGUCUAAUUCCUAAUGAAAUAUAUCUGUGUGUCUGUCUGUGUCUGUCUGUGUCUGUCUGUCUGUCUGUGUGUGUGUGUGUGUGUAGUAUCCCUAUAGUUGUGAACUAAAUGAUGUCUAAUCAUUGAGGAGUCAGCCUGUGUAGCCUCUUGCAUGGGAACAGGGAGCUUUGCACAAAUGAAAUGUACCAGUGAUGGGCUGGCAUACUAACAGUGCUUCCUAUUAUCAUUAACUAGAAUGAACCAUUCUUAGUGUAGUCAAGCUGCAAAAACUAAGUGGCCUUAGUACUUAUUGUAUUACCUGAUGGUUGGUUUAGAGUAUAAAACUGUGGGAGAGAAACAAAACCUGUGCUUCCUGCCAUUGGAAAAUGUAUGUAACCUGAGUUUGAUACCUUGUUUCACUGCUUGUAGGUGUUUUAAAGUGUUUUAUUGAGCCUGUCUUCAGAUGCAGGUGGGGUUUGCACCUUUGGGAUGCUUUGACUAGCUCACUUGGGUUAGACAUGCUCAAUCACACACUGAAAAUUGGAUCUACAACCAGAAAGGUACUCGGCAAGGUUUACUGGUUGUGUAACUUAAUAUGUCAAAGCCUUUCAUAUCCACACACAAUGUAAGUAUACACCUGAUGCCUAUUUGUUUCUGAUUUGUGACUUUUUUUCUGAGAUUACUGUAAGUGACUUUUGAACUGUAAAAGCUGCAUUGUGUUGAAGCGGUGAGUUUUUAUAUGAGAAGGACUACAGUAGCCUAACAACACUGCACUCACACGGUGCAUAGACCUGCGGUAAGCUGACCUGUGCAUUUUCAUUAAAAAACAAAUGUGGAAGACCA